AUGAACAAAAUCAUGGUCAUCACCACGGUGCCCAACACAGCCGAUAUGGCCAAGUCCAGCGCCAAACUUGCCACAGCCACUGUCACCGCGACCGCGACCGCGACCGUCACACAGGCCAUCACGUCGACUGUCACAAAGGCCGUCACCAAGACCAUACCCGCCGCCGCCCGCGUCUCCUCCUACAACACAGCCAAGAUCAUCAAGGUCGGAGCCCCAUCGGCCGUUCCCGACCAUCUCAUGACUCAGAUCAUGGAUUUGAUAAAGGUGACCGGUUUCAACAAGUUUUCACUCAUUACCGCGGCAGUGCAGAUUGGUCUCGGUAUCGCGAUUAUUCAUGGGUUCAAGUCUGCUUGGAAGCGCUUGCCCAUCCAGAAUGUACCACCUGGCGAGCGACCGAAGAGGUGGAAGGAGAAGGUCAGGUUUGCCUACAAUUUUCUCAAGAAUGCUGCAGGUGAGAAUGAGAGGCUUCGCAAGGACAUUGAGAAGGCCCGUCAGGAGGUGCAACUUGCCAAACAAAAUGAGCUCUUUGCCGAGCAAUAUUCCUUCGGAGCGCCGAUGGACAAGCAGAAGCAUUCAAAACAGGAGAACAUUCUCAUGGCGAAUGCGGGUACCGAGCAGCAACACAAUGAGCAGUCUGAUGCGGAGGAGGCACCCCUCGAAGCGGAUCCGGCUACUGUAGGACCGGAUCAAGAGGAAUUGCUGCACCAGCUGAUGGCCUCCGACUUGGCGCAAAAGCACAUGGCAGAGCAGCUGAAACAGCUCCAAGAGAGCAGCCAACAUGAGCGACAGGACUUGCAAUCGGAGGUCGCCAGGCUGAAAUCUGAGGUGCUGAACUCUCACCAGAGUAACAGUGAGCUUAGGGGUGAUCUCGAGGAAGCACACCAACAUGCCGAUGGGCUGGGAACCUUGCUUGAGUACACAGAACUCAAGCUCGAGGAGGAGAAGGAGUAUGUGGUAGAACUGAAAGAGCUUGAUCAAGCUCGAGAGAAAGAGAUGGACAAACAUGUCGAAGAGAUCGCAGAGCUCACGAAGUCUCGCGAUGAGGCCCGGCAAUCGUUCAAGGAAGAGACCACACGUCGCGAGAGAGCCGAGAAGUUACUCAACAAGGCGGACUUGGACCGAGAGAAGGCGGAGCAUGACCUCUUCCGUCAGGCUGAGUUUGAGCUUAACAAGUACAGCCUUGCAGGCACAGGUACCUCUGAACCAAUUCCACUCACAACCCCGAACGUCUUCCGCUUCAUGGCGAGCAGAUACGGCAUCAACGCCGACCCGCCUCAACCAACUUCUUCUGCGAUGCAGACCCCGAAAGUCGCCGACAGCUCAGCCGCCCUGAGCGAAGAGCCGGAUAGCAGCAGCACUCCAUCGAAGAAGCGCAAGCGCAGCAUGAAGAUGGCCAAGAAGGUCGACGCCAUGUCCAACAAGCGACGUGAGCUUUCGCCCGAGGAGGCGUACGGCAGCGAGAGCGACUCAAUGGAGGUUGACCCCGUCCUGCCUGCUCCUGACAAGGCCUUGGGCCUCACCAACGUGCCGCGCCUGGCACCUCCAUCUACACCUGCGACUGCGGUUGUUCCUGCUGUGACUGCUCGCCACGCGAGUCGACUCCCUAUCGCAGCUCAGACUCCGGGCGGCAGGGACCUGCGCAGGACCAACAGGGUUAACUACACUGAGGGAUCCCGUCGCUCCGCGCAGCCGCAGCAGGGCAGCCAAUUGCCCAUCCUUGAGACCCCUGCUAUCGGGCGCCGUAGAGCCCCAAGUGCCACGCCUGCGGCGGAGACUACUCGUAGGGUGACUCGAUCGCAGUCUCCCGUGAAGCGUGCGCCUGCGAAGCGCUGA